AUGCAUCGCCCGCAGGGUGACAGCGGCAACGUCAUGUCCAAACCGUCGGAUGACACCUUGCACGCCAAAGCCAUUCAGGAACACGAUCACCAGAGGAAUGACAUGGACAUUGAAGCCAACGAUGCCCAGGUCAACGAGCUCGUCAGGCCUUACAGUCUCGAUCUUAUUCGCUCAGCGUCAAGACUCGACCCUGGUAUCAACCCGUUCCUAUCGGACCACCCUGCCCUGGAUCCAAGCUGUCGCGAGGAGUUCAACGCCAAGAAGUGGGCUCGAGCCCUUCUACAACACUCAUAUCAUCAUCCCGAGGACUACCCAAGACUUGAAGCUGGAGUCGCGUAUCGCAACCUGAGUGUUCAUGGGUACGGCACCGACACGGACUACCAGAAGGAUGUCCUUAACGUCCUCUGGCAAGCACCAAUGAUGAUCAAGCAGGCUCUCAGCAACCGUCGCCAAAAGAUUGACAUCUUGAGAGAGUUUGACGGAAUCGUCAAGAGUGGUGAGAUGCUCUUGGUGCUGGGCCGUCCCGGCAGUGGUGUUUCUACCUUGCUCAAGACGAUCGCUGGUGAGACUCAGGGUCUUCAUUUGGGGGACCACUCACACUUCAGUUACCAGGGCAUCCCAAUGGAAACUAUGCACAAACGAUUCCGCGGUGAAGUGAUUUACCAGGCCGAAACAGACAUCCACUUCCCCCACCUCACGGUUGGACAGACACUUCUUUUCGCCUCACUAGCAAGAACGCCAAAGAAUCGACUUCCUGGCGUCAGCAGACAGAGAUACGCCGAACACUUGCGGGACGUCGUGAUGGCAGUUUUCGGCAUCUCCCACACCAUCAACACAAAGGUCGGAAACGACUUCGUCCGUGGUGUCAGCGGGGGCGAGCGCAAACGCGUCAGUAUUGCGGAGGUCACGCUCAGCCAGAGCCCUAUUCAAUGCUGGGACAACAGCACUCGUGGGUUGGAUAGUGCUACCGCGUUGGAGUUUGCUCGGACUCUGCGGUUGUCUACCGAUAUGGCCAAGACUUCGGCCAUUGUCGCGAUGUAUCAGGCCUCACAGCCAGCCUAUGAUGUAUUCGACAAGGUUGCGGUUCUUUAUGAAGGUCGCCAGAUCUACUUUGGCUCCACGGCGCUGGCGAAGCAAUACUUUGUCGACAUGGGUUACCACUGCCCCGAUCGCCAAACCACCGCUGAUUUCCUCACUUCCCUCACCAACCCCGCAGAACGAAUGGUGCGAGAAGGGUUUGAGAACAGAGUGCCCAGAACGCCAGACGAGUUUGCAACCGUAUGGAAGGGAAGCGAUGUCAGGGCACGUCUUAUGGAUGAGAUACUUGCCUUUGAGGAGGAACAUCCUCUUGAUGGCUCAGGGGAAGAAAAGUUUGUCGCGACGCGCCAAGCUCACAAAGCAUCUCUUGUGACUCCGCAAUCACCUUACACCAUUUCCAUGCCCAUGCAAAUCUGGUUGUGCAUGACGCGUGGGUACCAGCGUCUCUUGGGUGACUGGCUGUUCUUCGUCGUCACUGUUGGUGGUAAUUUGGUCAUCUCUUUGGUUCUUGGAAGCAUCUUCUUCGACCUGCCCUCCGAUGCAUCAAGUAUGAACUCUCGUUGCAUUCUGUUGUUCUUUGCGAUUUUGUUCAACGGUCUCAGCAGUGCUCUUGAGAUCCUCACGCUGUACGUCCAGAGACCUAUUGUCGAAAAGCACGCUCGCUAUGCUCUGUACCAUCCCGCCUCCGAAGCAAUCUCAUCCACGAUCUGCGAUCUUCCCAGUAAGAUUCUAUCUACCUUGGCCUUCAAUAUUCCUCUCUACUUCAUGGCAAAGCUCCGCCAAGAGGCCGAUGCCUUUUUUAUCUUCCUCCUCUUCGGCUUUACCACUACACUUUCAAUGUCCAUGAUCAUCAGAACCAUCGGCCAGACGUCCCGUACCAUUCACCAAGCCUUGACGCCAGCCGCUAUCUUCAUCUUAUCGCUCGUCAUAUACACCGGCUUCAUCCUCCCGACCCGCGAUAUGAAGGGAUGGCUCCGCUGGAUCAACUACAUCAACCCCAUAGCCUACGCUUUCGAGAGUCUGGUCGCCAAUGAGUUCAAUGGUCGGCAGUUCCCCUGUCCCUCAUUCGUUCCGGCCUACCCGAACGCUGCGCCAAACGAGAGGACGUGCUCGGUCGCUGGCGCUGCACCAGGCGCAGACUUCGUUGACGGUGACUUCUACAUGAAUGCCACUUUCAGCUAUUACAAGUCUCACAUUUGGAGGAACUUCGGCAUUUUGAUUGCCUUCAUCGUCUUCUUCAUGUGCGUUUACUUGCUCGCGGCGGAGUACAUCACCACAGACCGCUCCAAGGGCGAGGUGUUGAUCUUCCGGCGUGGUCACUCGGUCCCGACACUAUCAAAGAACUCAUCCGACGAAGAGACUGGCCAACCUGAACGCGUUUACCAACAUGAGAAGUCCGAGGGACAUGCUUCUCAGUCGGGUGUCAAACAAUCCGCAAUUCAUAAAAGCCAAUCGGUAUUCCACUGGAAAGAUGUUUGCUACGACAUAUCAAUCAAGGGCAACAACCGCAGAAUUCUUGACAAAGCUAGCGGAUGGGUAAAGCCGGGAACUCUGACUGCUUUGAUGGGCUCUACUGGCGCUGGCAAGACUACUCUACUUGAUGUCCUGGCUAACAGGGUGACUAUGGGUGUUGUGACAGGAGAUAUCCUCGUCAAUGGUGUUCUCAGAGACCAGUCUUUCCAGCGAAAGGCCGGGUACGUUCAGCAACAAGACAUCCACCUCGAGACAUCCACUGUUAGGGAAGCCUUGCGAUUCAGCGCCAUGCUACGCCAGCCAGCGGCUGUCAGCAAGCAAGAGAAGUACGACUAUGUUGAAGAGGUGAUUGGGCUUCUGGAGAUGGAGGCCUAUGCCGAUGCCAUUGUCGGAGUGCCCGGAGAAGGUAAGUCCUCAACUGGUCUUUGCAACUCAUUUUCAAGGACUGUUAAGCUAAUCCGUACUACCACAGGCCUAAACGUUGAGCAGAGAAAACGACUGACUAUUGGCGUCGAGCUCGCUGCGAAACCUGAUCUCCUUCUCUUCCUUGACGAACCGACCUCGGGACUCGACAGUCAGACAGCAUGGUCAAUCUCAUCACUGAUCCGAAAGCUUUCUGAAAACGGCCAAGCCAUCCUUGUGACAAUCCACCAGCCUUCUGCUCUCCUAUUCCAGCAAUUCGACCGUCUUCUUCUCCUUGCACAUGGCGGCAAAACAGUCUACUUUGGCGACAUUGGCGAGAACUCCCGCGUGCUCACGAGCUACUUUGAGCAGUACGGAGCAACGCCCUGCGGACAGGACGAGAACCCCGCCGAGUGGAUGCUCAAAGUCAUCGGCGCAGCUCCGGGCGCCAAGGCUGAGAGGGAUUGGCCCGAGACCUGGAAGGAGAGCCAUGAGUGUGCCGAGAUGCGCCGCGAGCUCGAGCGUCUGGAGCAGGGCGUGGCGGCGAAUGGCUCGACGUCCAGUCCCGAUGAGAUGUCCACUUAUGCUGCGCCGUUUCAUGUUCAGCUUGCAUUGUGCACUGAGCGUGUCUUUCAACAGUAUUGGCGCACGCCUUCGUACAUUUACUCCAAGUUGAUUUUGUCUGGUGGCACGAGCUUAUUCAUCGGGGUGUCCUUCUACAACUCACCGCUCACGAUGCAAGGACUCCAGAGUCAGAUGUUUUCCAUCUUCAUGUUGUUGGUGGUCUUUGCCUUCCUCGUCUAUCAGACGAUGCCCAACUUCAUCCUGCAACGCGAGCAAUACGAGGCGAGAGAACGCGCCUCCAGAGCGUAUUCAUGGUAUGUGUUCGUCUUGGUCAACAUCAUUGUCGAGCUUCCCUGGAACACCUUGGCUGCUAUCGUGAUUUUUUUCCCAUUCUAUUAUCUGGUCGGCAUGUAUCGCAAUGCCAUACCGACGGAUGCGGUUACGGAACGUGGCGGUCUCAUGUUCCUACUCAUCUGGGCCUUCAUGCUCUUCGAGUCAACAUUUGCCGAUAUGGUUGUCGCUGGUGUACCCACAGCAGAGAUCGGAGCGACUCUUUCUCUUCUACUCUUUGCUUUGUGUCUGAUCUUUUGCGGUGUCAUUGUGCCGGUCAAUGCCCUGCCAGGUUUCUGGAAGUUCAUGUACCGCGUCUCACCCUUGACUUACCUGGUCGAAGGUCUCUUGUCAACGGGAUUGGCCCACAAUAAGGUCAACUGCUCUCAACUCGAGCUACUGCAAUUCAGUCCCGCGAAUGGAACCGCAUGUGGUGAUUACAUGGCCCCGUACAUGCAAAUGGCCGGCGGCAGUGUAUUCAACCCCAACAGCACCGACAUCUGUCAAUUCUGCCCUCUGGCUACGACAGAUGCUUUCUUGACUACCAUAUCUACGUCAUACGGUAGACGAUGGCGGUCGUACGGGCUGAUGUGGGUCUACAUAAUCUUCAACUUGUUUGCAGCUUUGUUCCUGUAUUGGCUGGCUCGGGUGCCGAAGAAGCACUCCCUUGCUCAACUUUGGAAGAAGAAGUCUUCCUAA